GACCGCCGGGCCGAGUACCUGCCCUGAACCAUCCCGAGAGAUCAGGACCCUCUACCUGGGAACCUCCAUCCACUCUUCAAGCCACUCACCGCAGCACCGACAGUCGCAAUGAAAGUUCUAGUCUCUUCCGUCCUUCUGUUGCUGCCACUAAUGCUGAUGUCCAGGGUCUCUAGCAGCCCAAAUCCAGGCGUCGCCAGAGGCCACUGGGACCAAGGCCAGGCUUCUAGGAGGUGGCUCCAGGAAGGCGGCCAAGAAUGUGAGUGCAAAGAUUGGUUCCUAAGAGCCCCUAAAAGAAAACUCAUGACAGUGCCUGGGCUGCCAAAGAAGCAGUGUCCCUGUGAUCGUUUCAAGGGCAAGGUGAAGAAAACUAGACAACAAAGGCACCACAGGAAGCCAAACAAGCACUCCAGAGCCUGCCAACAAUUUCUCAAACGAUGUCAGCUAGCAAGCUUUGCUCUGCCUUUAUAGGAGCUCUGAGAACGCACGCUCCCAAUUACACAUUCUCAGGCAGUGAACACACCUAAAGGAUACUCUUAUUCUCCCACCUCAUCCUCCCAUUCCCUGUACCCACCCGCUAAAUCAUUCCAGUGCUCU